GUAGGAGUGGUUGGAGAUGUAAGGAGCAUUAUGGAGGGAGGGAUAAAGGGUGUGGUAAUGUAUAAAGCAUCCUUUGCAUCCAUUUCUUCAUCACUACAGCUCCUCUAAGACUGCCGUUCACUCUCUAAUCUCCUUAAAUCUCUACAAAUCAGCUUUGCUAUCAUCAUGUCUGACAUCCAGAAGGCUAUGGAGCUCCUCAUCAAAUCCUUCAGUAAAUACGCUGGCAAGGAGGGGGACAAGCACACCCUGAGUAAGGCAGAGCUGAGAGAGCUGCUUCAGAAUGAACUAGGAGAUCUGCUGGGGAAAGCCAAUGACAAGGCAGCGGUGGAUCGCAUCUUCAAGGACCUGGACACAAACAAGGACAACAGUGUGGACUUCAACGAGUUUGGCAACAUGGUCUUCUGCCUCACUCGGAUGUGCCACGAGUACUUUAUCUGCAAAAAAUAGGGAUCCAAGUGCCAUCUUGAGGACAGCAUAGAGCGCUGCCUCCCUGUGAAAGAGAAGAGUGUACGAUGACAGCUGUUCUGAAGAAGCAAUAAAUAUUUACUACUAUUUACUAAAUUACCAUAAAGUCACAAAAAAAUAUAUUGUAACGCCAAUGAAAUAAAUUCUUUGAAACAUU